CCGUGAGCAAAGGGCCCGCGGCAUCCGGAGCUGUGAAAGGAGGGGGCUGGCUCGGGUUUCAGAGACGCGCACUGACGGCUGAACUGCGGCACGGUGCGGAUCGCUCAGAGGAGAGCAGCGAAUGGGAUAAACGGAGUGGAACGCAGAGGAAUCAGAGUCCGUCCCUGAGAACCAGAAACAUCACUCACUGACUGAUGACCAGCUACCAUGUAUGGACUCUAACUUCUAGGGAGCUGCUCAUCUGAGUCUAUUAGAGAAGUUUGGACAGUUUGAAGAGGAAGGAAAUACAUCUAGUAAACUUUUGCCUCAACAGAGAGGUAGCCCCAUCACGCGCAGCAGGUCGACAGGAUCUCUCUUCUGCUGCUCUUCACCUAAUGAAGAUAGGGAUCCCUGUGGAUAAAACCUGAGUUAGGAGUUUAAAAUGUGUGAGGAUCAGAAGUGGGGGGUCGCGGGUAAACAGGGUGAGGAGAGGACCCGCAGCGCGCAGUCCAAGCAGCCCCGCUGGAGGAACUGGAAGGAUUUGUCAGGCGUUUCAAUUUGCAUUGCAGUGUCUCUGCUGUGCCUUGGAGUUUGCAUUGUGGUUUUUGUGCGGAGCUCGGAGCUGCAGUCCAGGAUAUUAAGUCUGGAGCAGCGGGACGCGCAGCUCUCCGCCUGGGUUGGGUCUCUGGAGCAGGUGGAGCCCGUUAUCAUGGGCCGGCUGGACCGCAUCCUGGAGGAGAAGCUUGCAGCGCAACUACCGAAGACCCGGGAGGUGAGAGAGGCCCCCUACAGCUGCCUGUGCCCCCCAGGACCUCCAGGUCCCCCUGGACGGGCAGGCUUUCCGGGGGACAAAGGCAUCAUGGGGAUUCCUGGGAGAAUGGGUCUAAUGCCACGAGCAGGGGAACAGGGAGCACCGGGGGAGCCAGGUCUUUCCAUCAUUGGACCGAGAGGACCUCCUGGACAACCUGGAACAAGAGGAUUUCCAGGAUUUCCAGGUCCAAUUGGGUUGGAUGGCAAGCCUGGACAGAACGGACCGAAGGGAGACAUGGGUCAGCGUGGCGUUAAAGGACUCCAAGGGGAGCCAGGACUCAAGGGGCAAAAGGGUGUAUGUGGAGACUACACACACCGGGGCCUGUUUGUGCAGGAGCUGCCUCUGAAAACCCUGGCUGCCUUGCGCUCCACUCAGGCUCUGAUGUUGAAGCAGGGCGGGCCUGGAGCGCAGGGACCCCCAGGACCUCCAGGACCCCCCGGAACUCCAGGGACACCGGGCCUUAAUGGAGCCUCUGGCCCAGCAGGUAAGCCUGGUGAGCCAGGCAAACCUGGAAAAGACCCGAGGGUCAGCUUCGCUUCACUUUUACCAGGACUGAAGGGUGAACCGGGAGUGCCAGGACAAAAGGGGGAUCGAGGGGGCGCUGGCCCAGCGGGUUCUGACGGCUCAAAGGGAACAAAGGGAGACCUCGGGACAAAGGGAGGAUCAGGACUCCCGGGCGCUCCUGGGUUCAAGGGCCAGGCUGGCGUCCCUGGGUCCCCUGGAAUCCCCGGGAAGAGGGGCUACAGGGGGGACAAGGGAGAGCCACGCAUUGCUGCCACGGGAAUUAAAGGAGAACCGGGUUCCCCAGGACUACCAGGCCAGCUGGGACCCAAGGGUGACACAGGCAACAAGGGAGACAAGGGGGAAGCAGGACCUGAAGGCUCAGUUGGACCAAGAGGUCUUCCAGGCCCAACUGGGGAGCCAGGAAAGGCUGAAAUCCACAACAAUGAAAAUGAUAUUCGCAACAUACCCCUGAUGGGCCCCCCUGGAUUACCUGGACCUUCAGGCCCCCCUGGAAACAAGGGUGAAGUUGGUCUGCCGGGUGCUCCAGGUGUGGACGGAGAUAAGGGACCCAGAGGGAAGCCUGGAGAUACUGGUCCUGCAGGCCCAGCCGGUCAUGAAGGGCCCAGAGGGGAGAGCGGUGUCAUGGGCUUCCCGGGACCCAAAGCAGACAAGGGAGACAUGGGUCUAUCUGGAUCACCUGGUUUAGAUGGCCCUACGGGUGAAAAGGGGUCAAGAGGGGCCCUUGGCCCCAUUGGAUUACCUGGCUCAAUGGGUCCUAAAGGAGAGCCUGGAGAAGGAGCCAGGUCAGAGAUGAUGUAUUGUCCUCCAGGGCCCGCCGGACCCCCAGGACCAGUGGGGCCAGCCGGAACUCAAGGAUUUUCAGGGCCUAAGGGGGAGCUAGGCAUAGGCAUCAGAGGAGAAAAGGGAGCGACGGGUCUCAAGGGCGACAAGGGGGACAGAGGCCAUCUCGGACUUCCUGGGGCUCAUGGGUUAGACGGCAGACCUGGUCCAGUGGGUCUAAUAGGACCAGCAGGUGUUUCAGGACCCGCAGGACCAAAGGGAGAGAGAGCUGAAAAGGGAGAUGCAGGAUUACCAGGACCAAUCGGGCCUCAAGGCAUCCCUGGUUUAGUAGGACCACAAGGACUCAAAGGGAACCGGGGAGAGAGGGGCAAGAAAGGCAACAGGGGGGCCAAAGGGGAAAAGGGAGACCAAGGAGCACCUGGAUUAGAUGCCCCCUGUCCGUUGGGAGACGAUGGCUUACCUGUACCAGGAUGUUGGAAUAAAUGACGAUAACUUUGGAAUGGCUUGUGUGAUUGUACAUAGGAUAUUUAUUUUUUUACUUUUCCCUAUUCUGUUAUACAAGGGAAAAAAAAAUGGAAUCCUAAAAAUAUAUGGCAACAUGUUUGUAUAGAUUGUUUAUUUGAAUACGUAUGACUGUUUAUGUAUUGGAUUUGUAUAUCUAUGUGUUAUUUUAAUACCGGAUUGGACAAGGAAGGAUAAGAAUGUGUCAACAGAUGCAUGAUAUUUGUGCAUAAUGUGAAGUGGAUAAUGCUUAUUAACUUAUUGUAUUGUGUUGUUUUGUUGUAACAGACCAUGCUGCACUGAGUUGUGGGGCUGGAAAUAUGUAGUUUUAGUGUUCUGAAAGUCUUAGCUGAGCUCUCCUCCGUGUGAUGAAGUGUAGGAGACAAACAGUUUCAGUUGGAACAUAUGUUCACACAGUGGCAGAGAGAUAAAGAUAUCAAAAGCAUCAGGGUAACAGGGUAACAGUUUCAUAACCAAGGAUUCUAAAGUGAUCCAAAUCCUCACAGCUGCAUAUGUAGAAACUGAUCAUGUAUAGUUGUACAUUACAACAGAUUUUAUUUAACACUGAGGAUGUAAACCUGCCUUCAUUGGAAACAAAUGCUAACCAUGUAGCAUAGUACUAUUUGUAUAAUAUUACACAUGUUGCCUAUAAUCAACUAUAAAUCAUAGUGUUACCUAUGGGAUUGGUGUUAUGGGGGACCCCUCAGUGACAAAAGGCAACAUACUCAGUGUAUCCCUGAGUCAGGCUGCAGUGAGGCCUGCUGUAUACACAAUCACUCAUCACUUAUUGCAUUACAUGCGACACACAAUUACAUUUCACGCUCAACAUAUUUUGACAUUAUGGGGAGGUUUAUUUUUUAUUACACUAACACAUCAUUUCCCAGAGAUCAUUCUGAAUAAUUGUAGUAGCGUACGGAUUCCUGGUCUAAAACAAUGAACGAUUCAACAUUUUUCCUGGAGUUAAUUCCAAAAAUGAUCUGAGACAUCUGCAUCGGAUACAAAUGAUCUGAGACAUCUGCAUCGGAUACAAAUGAUCUGAGACAUCUGCAUCGGAUACAAAUGAUCUGAUUUGAAAUAUUGCAGACGAUCAGUUUGCGUUUAACAUGUUUAAAGCCAGUGCUUGUGUCCCGGAGGAGAGUGUCAACAAAGAUCUUUGAAUAAUCUGAAGCUUUAAAGUUCAGGCUUAAGCAUCCUGAGCAGUGAAAGGAAAGCAGAAGCUCCAUGUAAGCUUCAUGUUCUCCUUCUGAUUUCACUUCAUUGUAAAUAGCUCUGCCAAAUGUUAAGGACAGCCACUUCCUGCUUUAUGAUUGUCAUGCUCUGUGUUUAGCUGCAGUGUCUGUAGUGUGUGUUUGCGUGUCUUCUAAUCUGAGGCUCAGUACACACUGAAAAAAGUGAAACAUUGACUUUAACUAAAUGUAUUAUGUCAACAGAUUUCACAUAACUGUAUUAGGUUAGGUCCUUUGGUUCUGUAUUUAAACGUAAUAUUUCAACUAACCUAAUACAGUUAAGUAAACUCUCCUUACAUAAUACAUUUCAGUCAAUUCAACGUUUGGGUUUCUUCAGCGUACAGCCGUAUUGUUGGAGGGAAAUGUUGCUGCUCACCAAAGGCAUGCUGCUGCGAUCAUCACAUGUAUUUGAUCCCUUUAUGAAGAAAGCUGUAACCUUCCUGACAUGGAAAUGUGUUUAUUUAAAUCAACUGUAGGACAUGUAUUCAGCAGUGUGUGUUCUUCAGUAGCUGUGUUCAUUAAGCUAACCUCAUUAACUCCACGAGUCACUCAGUGUUGAAGAACUGGAGGAGAGGACCUGGUCCGGUGUGUGCUGCUCCCUCACAGCUCCGUGUGUGUCUGCCUGGUUUGAUGUUGCCAUGGGAGAUUGUUGUUGGCAAAACAAUAUUCACAGUGUCAUGUUGCUGCACCAUACCUCACAUUAACCAGGUCCCUAGCUGGCCUUCAUUUACCUGUCAUACUGAUCGUACAUACUCCAGAUAUGUUCUGAAAUGUUCAAAGUAUUGAUUCUGUUCAGCGUGACCGUCAUAAUUAAAUAUACAUUUCUGAGGA